AUGACCAUGGCUUUGCUGGCGCGGAUCCUGAAAGCAGGUCUGAAUCCGGCGCCCGCGCGGGGCUUCUGGGUCCCCGCGGGGGCUGAGGACAAAGAAGCUGGGCUGCCCGGGGCGCCGCGGACCCCCGGCCGCGCAGAGGGACCCCGGAGCCUCGCAGCCAUGCCCGGGCCCGGGACCCUGGCCAACCUGGUGGAAUUUUUCUGGAAGGAUGGCUUCAGCCGCAUCCACGAGAUCCAGCAGAAGCACACACGGGAGUAUGGAAAAAUCUUCAAGUCUCACUUUGGUCCUCAGUUUGUAGUAUCUAUUGCAGACCGAGACAUGGUGGCUCAGGUGCUGCGGGCAGAGGGCGCUGCGCCCCAGAGAGCCAACAUGGGAUCCUGGCAGGAGUACCGGGACUUGCGAGGGCGCUCCACCGGGCUCAUCUCAGCGGAGGGUGAACAGUGGCUCAAGAUGAGAAGUGUACUGAAACAAAGAAUUCUGAAACCCAAAGAUGUAGCUGUUUUUUCUGGAGAAGUCAACCAAGUUAUUGCUGAUUUGAUUAAAAGAAUUUAUAUUCUCAAGAGUCAGGCAGAAGAUGGAGAAAUGGUGGCCAAUAUCAAUGACCUUUUCUUCAAAUAUUCAAUGGAAGGAGUGGCCACCAUCCUGUUUGAGAGUCGUCUGGGCUGCCUGGAAACCCGAGUCCCACAGCCCACGGUGGACUACAUCAAGGCCUUGGAGCUCAUGUUCAGCAUGUUCAAGACCUCCAUGUACGCCGGUGCCAUCCCCAAGUGGCUCCGCCCCUUUAUUCCUAGACCCUGGCAGGAAUUCUGCAGGGCCUGGGAUGGACUCUUCAAAUUCAGCCAAAUUCACGUUGACAACAAGCUGAGGGACAUCCAGUGCCAGAUAGAUCAAGGGCAGCCAGUGCGAGGUGGGGUGCUCACGUACCUCUUCCUCAACCAGGAGAUGACCCUGGAGGAGAUCUACGCCAACAUGACUGAGAUGUUGCUGGCCGGGGUGGACACAACAUCCUUCACCUUGACCUGGGCAGUGUAUCUUCUUGCAAGACACCCAGAAGUGCAGCAGACUGUGUACCAGGAGAUAGUAAAGAAUUUGGGGGAAAAGCAUAUUCCAACGGCCGCAGAUGUCCCCAAAGUCCCUUUGGUCAGAGCUCUGCUUAAGGAAACUUUGAGGCUGUUUCCGGUGCUUCCUGGGAAUGGCCGAGUCACGCAGGAGGACCUGGUUCUUGGCGGAUAUCUGAUUCCCAAAGGCACCCAGUUGGCCCUUUGCCACUACACCACAUCUUAUGAAGAUGACAACUUCCCUCGGGCUACAGAGUUCCGGCCCGAGCGCUGGCUACGGAAAGGAAACCUGGACAGAGUUGACAAUUUUGGGUCCAUUCCCUUUGGUUAUGGGGUUCGAAGCUGCAUCGGGCGGAGAAUUGCAGAGCUGGAGAUCCACCUUGUUGUCAUCCAGCUGCUUCAACAUUUUGAGAUCAAACCAUCUUCCUGGACGAAAACAGUUCAUGCAAAAACCCACGGGCUUCUGACGCCAGGGGAGCCCAUCCACGUGCGCUUUGUGAACAGAAAGUGAGUCUGGGUUCUAAAAUCCAGAUGGGACUCUGACACGAAUUGGAGAUUCCUGUGUUGCUCACUGAUCGUGGCGGAGGAGGUAGAUGUGGAGGAUGAUUUUUGGAGGUUGCCUUAUUUCUAAACCUGGCCUUGGUGUGUUAAUCUUCAUGUAAAGCAAUCUGAAUAUAUUAUUAUUUUCCGUGUGUAUUCUAGAGUUGCCUUUUCUUCAGGGAAGCAACUGUUUUGAACUGGUGGCACUGAAUUCUGCGUCCUGAGUUGAUCUGCUCUUGUGUGAUACUCCCGAUUCAGUUUUUGGCAGUGUUCUCUGCAUUGGUGCAAGGAAAUGUUGUUUACUUGCAAAUUUGUUGCUGGAGUGUAUUUUCUGUAAUGCCGCAUCGACUCCCUGUUAAGGAGGCACUUCCAAUUUCUCACUCCUAAUAAGAAGAGGGAACAUGAAGAGGCCUUUUUAAUACUGUAAUUAUGGAAAGAAGCAUGAGAGGCGGCUCAAUCCGGAACACCAUAUCCCACAGCAGAAUUCAAAAUUAAAAUAGUUAAUAAGGUUAUGCUCUUAUUUUACUCUUUCAUUAAGGGCUUCAUUUUCUAAUCAUAGUGCCUCAAGAUAUUAAAUAUUCAUUUUUGUUUGAAAGAAAUAAUGAUAAAAUUAAGAUAAAAAAUGGUGAAAUAAAGAAUAAUCAGGUUUUCUAACCAAGUCUAAGUACUACCCAGAUGUGUAGGGACUGAAAAUCUGAAUAUAGGCUUUCUUUUUCUCAGUUGAAAAACUGAAUUAAAUGAGCAUUGUGGGAAUCGUAUAAUUUUUAAACUUUUUUAUUUCAAGAAAAAAAUAUGUAAAUGGACAUGAGAUUGAUAAAAUAAUAUUUUUCUGAGACCAGAGUGAUAGUUUCAUAGGUGGGGCAUUUGCCUUGCACAUGGCUUAUCUGACUUCUAUCCCCAGCAUCCCCUGUUGUCCCCCGAGCCCCACCACGUGGGAUUCCUGAGCACAGAGUCAGGAGUAAACCCUGAGUAUUUCUGUGGCACAAAAACAACAACAACAAAAAUUGGUUUUCCUCUGAUAUUGGUAUUUUAAAUAUCCAACCUGGAAAUGUUAUCCAGCUGGUGCUAUAUAGGGCUGGAUGCUUCCCUUAGUUAUGCUGAGUUCUAGUGCCUUUCAUCCCACCUGAAGGUUGCUAAUAAGAAAACAAAUAUGGGGGCUGGAGCGAUAGCACAGUGGGUAGGGCAUUUGCCUUGCAUGGGGCAUGCCCAGGUUCGAUUCCCAGCAUCCCAUAGAGUCCCCUGAGCACCGCCAGGAGUAAUUCCUGAGUGCAGAGCCAGGAGUAACCCUUGUGCUUCGCCAGGUGUGACCUCCCAAAAAAGAAGAAAAUAAAACAAAUAUGUUUUCAUAAUGCUCUCUCUGCACUGUCACAUGUGAAAUCUCUAUUCCCAAUUCCAUAAUUCUUUUUACAUCACCCCUAACCCCUAUAUCACUCUCCCACUAAAAUAUCCAGGUUAAUCUCCCCCUUUUAGUUAUUCUGCCAGAUAAUCCUUAAAUUAGAUAUAAUAUCCAUUUCACAAUAGAUAUUUUUUCAAGUAUGCAACAAUAUUGAAAUCUGUGUGUGAUGACAGUUAUCCUGUAUGAGUUUUGUAAAAAUAUGUACAGUUAAAUAUGAAAUGUAUCAUGUUAAUCAAAUGUUGGUUUACUCUGAAGUCAUAUGUAUAUAUUUAAUAAAUAUAU